UGUAGAACAUCAUGUCGGAGAUGGCCCUAGCAGAAGAAGAAUACCCAACAGAGAUUCAAGAUUAUCUCUUGGCCUUUGAGAAGUCUGUCAGUUCUGUAGAUGAUAUGUUGAAGACCAUGAUGUCUGUGUCCAGAAGUGAACUUCUCCAGAAGCUGGAUCCUCUUGAACAAGCAAAAUUAGAUUUAGUUUCUGCUUACACAUUGAAUUCAAUGUUUUGGGUCUACCUGGCCACGCAGGGAAUUAAUCCAAAGGAGCACCCAGUGAAACAGGAAUUGGAAAGAAUAAGAACAUACAUGAACAGAGUCAAAGAGAUAGCAGACAAGAAGAAAGCUGCCAAACUGGAUAAGGGUGCUGCUUCAAGAUUUCUACGAAAUGCAUUGUACGAGCCCAAAUCUCAAAGCAAGGCUGAAAAGAAAACACCUGUUCCAGCCAAAAGGAAGAAAACACAUUAGGGUUUUGCUGUUUUUUUCGUAAUUGCUAUAUAAAGAAGGAACUCUUUUAAUUGUGUUUUGAUACGUUUUAUAGUCAAAAUGUAUUUUGAUGGAAUAAGCUGACUUUUUUUGUUAUUACACUAUGGCUUCAUGUGUCUGAAUAGGUUUAGCAUUAUGUUGACCUGCCUUUCUAGUAGGCUAUUUUUAAAUUAAAGUGUUAUUUAUAUAACAAAGAGCAAUAACACCAAGCAGGAGUCCUCUCAGUGCCCUAUCCACAUUUAUGUUUUUGGCUUUUUAUUAAAUUGAUGAUAUAUAUGUGCUACCCCAA